AACACAACAAACAUGUUUAUUGAUUCUAAACGGGACGAUCCGGCGGCGCCCCGCUCUCCGUCUGUUUCUGGGCUCGGUUCUGUUUCAACACUUACAGCGCGCAACGAGCGGAACAACGAGCAGCAACCCGCUGGUACCGAGAGCUGAAGCCCCGCCUCUUCCGGUUUCCCUCAAAUUUACAGACAUCAAGUGUGAGAUUCAUGACACAGUUCAGACACGAUCGAUACUUUAUCAAACAAACAAGAAGAAGAAGAAGAAGAAGAAGCCCUCUGCAGUUAAUUCUCAAGUGGAAACCUCCUUCCUGCUUUGUCAUAAGUAGAAAGUAAUAGAUUACUCAGACAGAGGUGAGCUGACAGGAUGCUCAGGUUUCAGGAGGUGGAGUCAGGCCAGGCUCCGCCCCCUGGCAGUGGAGGUCAGGUUGCCAAGCGAUACAGCAUCCUGCAGAGUCUGGGCCGGGGAAGUUUUGGUUCUGUUUAUCUGGUUCAGGACAGCAAAGCUGCAGAUGGAGAAGAGCUUCACGACAGGUGUGAGCAGGACGACAGGUGUGAGCAGGACGACAGGUGUGAGCAGGACGACAGGAAGGUGUUGAAGCAGAUUCCUCUCGGUGACCUUCGACCUGACGAGACGGUCCGAGCCACGCAGGAAGCUCACCUGCUGUCGCAGCUGCACCACCCGGCCAUCCUCACCUUCUACCACAGCUUCCUGGAGAGAGAUGCCUUCUGCAUCAUCACAGAGUUCUGCCAGGAUCGGGAUCUGGACUGUAAGUUGGACGAGGUGAGACGAGCUGGGCGGAGCCUCCCUGAGGUGCAGGUCAUUGAUUGGCUCAUCCAGCUGCUGCUCGGCCUUCACUACAUGCACGACAGGAGGAUCCUCCACCGAGACCUCAAGGCCAAGAACGUCUUCCUGAAACGGAACCUCGUUAAAAUCGGUGACUUCGGCGUGUCCUGCCUGCUGAUGGGGUCAUGUGACCUGGCCUCCACCUUCACAGGGACUCCAUACUACAUGAGCCCAGAGGUGCUGAACCAGCAGGGCUACGACUGCAAGUCUGACAUCUGGUCUCUGGGCUGCCUCCUCUUCGAGAUGUGUGCCCUGACUCGCGCCUUCCAGGGUCCCAGCUUCCUGUCGGUGGUGACGAGCAUCGUGGAGGGAGACGCCCCGGUGCUGCCCGCCGGAUUCUCUCCGGACCUGAACUCUGUCAUGCAGCGGAUGCUGCAGAAACAACCAGCGUCCAGACCGUCUGCUGCAGAACUUCUCAAGACCCGGUUCAUGGAGGAGAACAUGAAGAAAAUGAAGGACAGGUUCGACUUUGUGGCAUCAGACGGGAAGAAAGACGCUGAGCUCAUCGCCAAGAACAUGCAGAUGAAGGUUCACCUGCAGACUCUGAUGGAGAGGUCCGAGGUGGAGAAGAUGACGCCCAGAGAGAGAAUGAGGCUCCGUAAACUGCAGGCGGCUGACGAGAAGGCCCGGAGGCUCAGGAAACUGGCCGAGGAGAAGUACCAGGAGAUCCAGAACCGCAGGAGGGAACUGAGGAGCCGCCAUUUUGAGAAAGUCAGCCUGGAUGUUCUGAGUGAAGACGGAGCCUGUCAGAGCCGGCCAAUCAGCAUCCAGGACCACUCGGCACCAGGAGGGUCUCAGCCGACCCAGAAGCGGGAUGACGGGAGGACGACGGAGUCAGAACCGCACGAUAUCCCAGAGGAUCCUCAGGCUGCAGAAGUUUAUUACGACCAGGACGGAUUUGACUCGUGUUCAGAGGACGACGAGACAGAGACACUUUACCUGUCUGACCCUCAGGUCACUGAGCUGGAGGCCAUGAUGAAGCACAUGCAGAAGGUUCUGGAGGAGGAGCUGAGUGUCGUCUUCGUCUCUCCGCCCUUCACUGUUUCCACGGAGUUAUUCCUCCUCCUCCUCUCAGCCUUCAGUUCCUGUUGGCUUGGUUCAGUCACAGUCUGUCCUCGGCUGUGAAACCUGUUCGUCUCGCUCCGCCGACCUCAGAACAAAAAAAACCCUGAGCUGAGCUGAAGAUGAAACUCGUGUCCCGUCAGAGGAAACACUGAGACAGACGGGUUCAUGGGAUGAAGCCUCAAACACACAUCUGACAUCUGACAUGUUUCAUCCUUCAGAUAACUUUUGGUUGUCAGAGGCUGUUUGAAAUGUAGAAAGAGACACUGUGACGAUCAUUUCUUCAGUUUUUAAACGUUUGGCCCUGAGCUGCUGUUCUCAGUUCAGCCUCCGACAGUCAGCGGUUCACCGUCAGCAGGAUGAAGUGAUAUUAACUUGCGUCACAGCGUCGUUAACGAGGUCUCGCUCGUCCUCUCAGCCUUGAACUGCAGCAGACUGUAAAAUAAAUCCAUAACCAUAAAUCCAAGACUGAUUAUUAUCCAUCGUGCACGUUGACAACAGUUCUUGUUGUCAGCCGUCCACUCGCAGUCUCCGUCUGUCAACCAAUCAGAGGCUGUGCUCCCUGACCGAGGGUCUUUGUCAGACUGUACAAUAUCUCUAAUCUCUGAUGAGUUACAGUGACUGCUGGAUAUGAAACGUUCCUCCUCCUGCACUCUGUAACAGCUGCUCCUUAACUCCUGUGGCCGUUAACGGUGUUUGUGUUUGUGUUUGUUAGCCGCGAACUGAAACUAC